AUGCCAGCAUCGUCACCACUAAGUUGCUUCGUCGCUGAGCCUCCACGGUCGCCGCUGCUAAGUCGCCAGGAAGAGGGAAAUCAUGAAGAGAGAAGGAGUUUGUAUUCGUUGCCACCAUUGGGGGGCAGAACCGUCGCGAAGGAGGUUGAGCUCGUCACUGUUGUGCCUCCACCGCCGCAGGGCUUGGGGCUUGGGGCUUGGGGCUUGGGGCUUGGGGCUUGGGGCUUGGGGCUUGGGGCUUGGGGCUUGGGGCUUGGGGCUUGGGGUUGGGGUUUGGGGUUUGGGGUUUGGGGUUUGGGGUUCGGGUUUCGGGUUUCGGGUUUCGGGUUUCGGGUUUCGGGUUUCGGGUUUCGGGUUUCGGGUUUCGGGUUUCGGGUUUCGGGUUUCGGGUUUCGGGGUUCAGGGUUCGGGGUUCGGGGUUCGGGGUUCGGGGUUCGGGGUUCGGGGUUCGGGGUUCGGGGUUCGGGGUUCGGGGUUCGGGGUUCGGGGUUCGGGGUUCGGGGUUCGGGGUUUUGGGGGUUCGGGGGUUCGGGGGUUCGGGGUUUCGGGGGUUCGGGGGUUCGGGGGUUCGGGGUUCGGGGGUUUGGGGUUUUGGGGUUUGGGGUUUUGGGGUUUUGGGGUUUUGGGGUUUUGGGGUUUUGGGGUUUUCGGGUUUUGGGGUUUGGGGUUUUCGGGGUUUUCGGGGUUUGGGGUUUGGGGUCUGGGGUCUGGGGUUUGGGGUCUGGGGUCUGGGGUCUGGGGUCUGGGGUCUGGGGUCUGGGGUCUGGGGUCUGGGGUCUGGGGUCUGGGGUCUGGGGUCUGGGGUCUGGGGUCUGGGGUCUGGGGUCUGGGGUCUGGGGUCUGGGGUCUGGGGUCUAG